UUAGUCUUAAAAGCUUUCAACAUUUAGUUAUGGUGUAAGAGCUACAACGUGCAUGAUAGUAUAUUUACAAGAAAUUUACAAUGAAGAAAGAAUAAAAUCUAUAUUUAGAUAGUUAUUUGCAAUGGCAAGUUCAAAUCCAUUCACAGACUUUUUAACGAAAUACACGACAGACUAUACUGCUACUGCAAAAAGUGAUCUUCAUUCAGCUGCUGUUGAUGGAGAUGUAGAACGUGUUGUGACAUUGUUGAAAGCUGAUGAUGUACAAAUUGACCUAGAAGAUGAUAGAGGAAAUACCCCACUUUACAUGGCAGUGCAAAAUAAUCAUUUUCAAGUGGUGCAAAUGUUGAUACAACACGGUGCAUGCAUAAACCCAAAUAAAUGUGUUCCUUUAAACAUAGUACGAAAUUUUGAAAUAGCGAAACUACUUAUUCAUUCUGGGUCAUCUGUGACUGCUAUCGAUGAUUUAGGGAACGCACCUUUACAUAAAGCGACGGAAUUUGGGAAUGAUAGCAUCACAGAAUUAUUCCUGAAUAAUGGUGCGGACAUUAACCAAACAAAUAAUAAUGGACAAAAUGCAUUACACCUUGCAUGUAAAAUUUCGUCUGACGAACAUAGGUUUAAGACAGUUCAAAUUCUCAUUCGCUACGGAAUAGAUGUAAAUACACUAGAUAAUUUAAAAAGAAGUCCUCUUCAUCAUGCAUGUCAGAAUGCAAAAACUUCCAACAUUAUAGGUUUACUCGUGGCUCAAAAUGCAGUUCUGAAAGAACAUGAUUUUCAAGGAAUGUGUCCAAUUCAUUACCUUUUGGAUCAUUAUCAUCUGUUUGAUCAAGGAGAUGUAACGUUAUUUUUAGCUGGAAUCGACAAACUUUUGCAAAGAGAAGAUUGUGCAGACGUGACUGAUGCGGCAGGUAAAAACCCACUUCAUUAUGCUGCUGAGAAAACUACCGAUAGAAUUGUAUCUUUUCUCCUAAGCCGAGGCAGCAACGCAAAUAUUUCUGACGGAUUCGGAAGAACUCCAUUACAUUUUGCAAAUUCUGUUGAAACCUGCUCCGUUUUAAUUUCCGGCGGAUGUAAGCCUGAUUUAAAAGACUUUUGGGGACAGGCUGUCAUCCAUUUAGCCACAGAGAGAAAACACAUUGAAAUUGUUGAAGAAAUGAUGAAUUACGGUUCAAAUUGCGAUCGAGGUGAUAUUAAAGGACGUACAAUACUUCACAUUGCGCCAUCAAAUGGUUCAGACAAUAUUGUGCUGUUGCUACUGAAAAAAGGAAUGAAUGCAAAUAUAACUGAUAAUCAUUCCAAUACACCAUUACAUCUUGCAACUUGGAAUGACAACACAUGUACUGUGGAUCUUUUACUGGAAAACAAGGGCGACCCUUACUUUAAAGACGAAAACGGAAACACUGCGUUUGAUUUAUCUUCAUACAGGUCCUUCGAGGAUACUAUCGGUAUAUUGUCAAAGUACACAGAUAGAACCGGUUACAACGAAUCCGUAUGCAAAUUUACGAACUAUGCAGAUUCUCUGAUGCAUUUAGAUGAUUUUGAAAAGAUAAUAACUUGCAAUGAUAUGAUUAAAAAAAGCGAAACAGACCUGAAUAAUUUCGUUGGUAAAUUAUUCGAACAUGAAAUGCCUUACUCAAGAAACUGUGAAUCAGAAGUUAAAGAAAUACAACUUGCAGUUGAGGCAAUGGCAUCAACCUUUGCAGAAAUGAUUAAGCAAACAUGAUCCUAGAUUUAAAUGUACGCUUCUACAUAUCGGAAGUGUAUCAGAAGGAACUAAAGUACGGUACCCGGAUGAGUUUGAUUUUACAUUUUGUCUCGAUAUAAUGAGUGACGCAUCUUAUCCUGAAUACAAAGAAGAAGAAACAAUGACUCAAA